CACAAAAUCUGAAGUGCAGCAAUGCUUCCCAUGUGCAACCUUGACGGCUGAUGGCUUUAGGCGCUCGAGAAGACAUGCCAGGUGAAGCCGGGCUGGAUGGCUUGAGCACCGCCGAGCUUCAGAAGGCCCUGGAAGCCGAGCGCCGCGUGUCCGCAAGCUUGAGGGCGGAGCUUCAGAAGGCGCAGGAGGAGAUCCAGCGGCUGCGGGCCUUGACAUGUCGACCUGGGUCGCCGGACAACGCAGCUGGCCAUGCAGAUGCGACUGGCAAGGUGGAGAAAUUGCAUGACGCCCCAGCAGCGACUGCAGACGUUCGAGAGGAGGCACCUGCUGCACAGAGAUUGAGCUCUGGGUCGGAUGAAGCGACUGCUGCGAAAGGGUCAUACGUAAAGGCGGCAGGGAAGGUGUAUUGGGUCAGCUACGAGGACCCGGAGCAGCUCAUCCGGCUCCCUUCGGCCAGGAUGUCCGGGCAGCAAAGGCCUGCCGCUCGAGAGGACACAGAGGUGGCUGGAAGACGGUCGAGUGGCCACGAGAACUUUCUGCCUGGCACUCCUGAUCACAGGCCGCGACUAGCGCGCCCAGCCAGCCUUGAUGCGCGGGCCCUGUCCGCCGCUGGUCCGUGGCAGCAGGCGCCGCAUAUUUGCAGGACUGGGAGCGGCCUUUUCUGUGUCCAGGGGCAUGGAUCGGGAGUCUAUCCCGGCAUCGCUCGUCAGUUCAGCGCCAACUCCUUUCCAGUGCAAUCUCCACGGCGGGUCCCGCAGGGACUCCCGCAGGGGCUCCAGCAGGGACUUCCACAGGGAGUUCCACAGGUCUGGCAGAUGCAGCGGCACAUAUCCCCAGCUGCAAGCUUGCCUCCUCAAGCAGGACAUGUUCAGAGCAUACCCAUGGCAGGCCGUUUUCAGCCGGUAGGGUCUCUCACCAGGAGCUGGACGCCUAGGGGCCGAUGCGGAGCUUCCUUGGCGCCCAUGGGCCCUGUGGAAGUGCCCAGACAGGAGGUGCUGCCUGCGAAAGCCAGCCUGCAGCCGAGCACGGAGAUGCAGCUGCGGGACCUGCAAGCCAAUUUGAAGAGGUUGCAGGACUUGCAGAAGGAGCUCGCAAAACAAGUGGGAUAGAUACUGAUCGCUCGCUGUCUGAGCCGGAUUCUUCGAACGACCGUCUCACAGACAUGCGCUGAAUGCUGAGAUCUGUGCCUUUUGGCUCGGGCAGCGUCUCACUUUCCACCGCGCGGUUCCCGUGCUGCAAGCCGGGCGCCGGCUUGAAACUCGCUGGGCAAAGCUUCCAGUUGUCCCAUAUUGCCAAUGCUUUUCAUUCGGGGUGCCAGGAUCCAAAA